CUAAUAUACACUAUAUUGCCCCAAGUUUUGUCCCCACACUCCCAAUCGUGUGAUUCAGGUGUUCCAAUCCCCUCCAUAUCAUGUGAUUCAGGUGCUCCAAUCCCCAUCAUAUCAUGUGAUUCAGGUGCUCCAAUCCCCUCCAUAUCAUGUGAUUCAGGUGUUCCAAUCCCCUCCAUAUCAUGUGAUUCAGGUGCUCCAAUCCCCUCCAUAUCAUGUGAUUCAGGUGCUCCAAUCCCCUCCAUAUCAUGGGAUUCAGGUGUUCCAAUCCCCUCCCAAUCAUGUGAUUCAGGUGUUCCAAUCCCCUCCAUAUCAUAUGAUUCAGGUGUUCCAAUCCCCUCCCAAUCAUGUGAUUCAGGUGUUCCAAUCCCCUCCAUGGACACAGGUGUAUACAAUCAA